CAAAAUAUUCCACCUUCAAUAUUCCCAGCACAUUCAUGUUGUCGGAUUCUUUUAACCUUUCCCAUUCCGAAUAAUUCCGUAAAAUUAGAAAUUAAAUAGCAAUAGUCUAAAGUCAUAGAAUGGCGUCGUAUCUGAAGGACUUUGAGAUGCAGUCGCGUGAACAAUAUCAUCAACAAUUUUUAGGCGGCUACAACGAAGAGUUCUUUCAGCGACAACAGCAACAACAACAGCAACAGCAGAGAGUAUCGAUGUCUGAUAUCGGCACAGAGACCGAUAGACUGAGCAAGAAGAAGAACGUGAAGAAGAGCAAGAAGAAGAUUGAAAUACAAGAGAAUUUCUUCUGGAUUUCAGUGAGCGGAUAUCACUUGGAUCACGUGGGACUCGUCUAUAGUUUCUUUGUGGAUAUCGGACAAGUGAUCGAUAGAAUAUUCACUGAAUCAAAUUUCAUGUAUCUGAAGUAUGCAAACAUCACGGACUGUGAAAUAGCUCUGAGCUACAAUGGCCAGAAAAUUGGCUACGCUGGCGAUAUUUUGGUUCGUGUGCGUCCCGAGAAUCCCAUGAUCGAUUACAAGUUGCACACAGUUAUCGAAGAAGAAGAAGAGGAGCAAGAGACGGAAACGGAAGAAGAGCAAGCUAAAGCGGAAGAAGUGGCUCAAGUCAUUGAUCAAUCGGUUUCCAUUUGUGUUAUCGAAGUGGAGAAACCGCAGCAAGUGCAACAAACUCUUACUAUCGAUAAAGUAGUUUCGAUAGUACCGAUAACUGCACGAAAAGCCCGCAAAACAGGUUUUCUACAAUGGCUCAAGCAAAAAGUCUCUUACAUAUUUAACUAUUAUUAAGUUUACUUUAUUUUGUAUUCAUAUUUUUUUGGGGUAGCGUGUUUAAUUUGUCGAGUAGAGUAGCUAUCGAUUAGUUAUCGAAUUAAAUGAAAAUUCACAACGA